AUGGUGAACAUGUGGACAGUCGCACUUUGUCUGCUGGGAGCAGUCACAGCAAAGGAAAUUUGCUAUGAGCAUAUCGGGUGCUUCUCCGACUCGGAGCCCUGGGCCGGGACUGCAGCCAGGCCCCUGAAAGUUCUCCCCUGGAGCCCCGAGAAAAUCGGCACCCGCUUCCUGCUCUACACCAAUGAGAACCCAAACAACUUUCAGACUCUCCUUCCCUCUGACCCAUCAACAAUUGAAGCAUCAAAUUUUCAAACAAACAGGAAGACCCGGUUCAUCAUCCACGGCUUCAUAGACAAGGGAGAAGAGAGCUGGCUUCUGGAGAUGUGCAAGAACAUGUUCGCGGUGGAGGAGGUGAACUGCAUCUGCGUGGACUGGAAGAAAGGUUCCCAGACCACGUACACACAGGCCGCCAACAACGUGCGGGUGGUGGGUGCCCAGGUGGCCCAGAUGAUCAGCAUGCUCUCGACAAACUAUAGCUACUCUCCUUCCCAAGUCCACCUCAUCGGCCACAGCCUGGGAGCCCACGCGGCAGGAGAGGCUGGGAGCAGGACUCCAGGCCUGGGCAGAAUUACAGGGUUGGAUCCUGUAGAAGCAAGCUUCCAGGGUACUCCUGAAGAGGUUCGGCUCGAUCCCUCUGAUGCUGACUUUGUUGAUGUGAUCCAUACAGAUGCAGCACCCCUGAUCCCAUUCCUGGGUUUUGGAACAAAACAGCUGUUAGGUCACCUUGACUUCUUCCCCAACGGAGGGGAGGAAAUGCCAGGAUGCAAGAAGAAUGCCCUGUCACAGAUCGUGGACCUCGAUGGCAUCUGGGAAGGGACUCGGGAUUUUGUGGCUUGCAAUCACCUGAGGAGUUACAAGUAUUACUCAGAGAGCAUCCUCAACCCUGAUGGGUUCGCGUCCUACCCCUGCGCUUCCUACAAGGCCUUUGAGUCUAACAAGUGCUUCCCCUGCCCGGAUGAAGGCUGCCCACAGAUGGGCCACUAUGCUGAUAAAUUUGCUGGCAGGACGAGCGGCGAGCCACAGAAAUUCUUCCUGAACACAGGAGACUCCAGCAAUUUUGCUCGCUGGAGAUACGGAGUUUCUAUAACACUGUCUGGAAAAAUAGCCACUGGUCAGGUCAAAGUUGCUCUGUUUGGAAAUCAGGGAAACACUCACCAAUUCGAUGUCUUCAGGGGGAUUCUCACACCAGGCUCUACCCAUUCUAAUCAGUUUGAUGCAAAGCUUGAUAUUGGAACCAUUGAGAAAGUCAAGUUUCUUUGGAACAACAACGUGAUAAACCCAACCUUCCCCAAAGUGGGUGCAGCCAAGAUCACCAUCCAAAAGGGAGAGGAGAAAACAGUGCACAACUUCUGCAGCGAAAGCACUGUGAGAGAAGACGUUCUCCUCACCCUCACGCCCUGUUAAAGUCCAGGCACAAUCCGGUCACUGCGUUAACACCAAUAAAAACCACUGAUGCAUCUAUCUGCUCAGAACGUCUGUCACUGAUGUCAGCUGGCCCCGCUGGGGACACUUGGGAAUAGACCAUUUAAAUAAGCAGCCCUGAGCAUUUCCAUACAUUUGGGUUUCUUGCCACUG